GGAUGCCUGUAAUCCCUUGGAUCGGAUCCUGCAGAUUAUCUGUGAUCAGAGUGGGGGAUCUCGGUGAGCAGAGAGGAAGAGAAAUAAAAUAGUGAGCAAAUAAGUAAAGGACAAACCAGAAAGCGAGAGUAUGAUGAAAUAGGGGACAUAAUGGCAAUAUAGAAGAUAAGGGAAGGUAUUGGGGAUAUCAGAGUGGUUAAGUGAGAAGCAAAAAGACCAGAGAAGAGAGAGGAGAACCAGAGGCGCUGGGUAUAGAAAGAAGAAAAAGUGGGGCAUACAGCAGAAACCCGUAUUGCCCCUCAUGUCCCCGGGGCACUAUGUGCUGGAGACUGGCGCUGCUCUGGAUUGUGUUCUCUGGAUGUGCGGCGCUCAGAGGCCAAAGGAGGAUCCCUACUGACACAGUCAAAUUCUGGGCAGACACAUUUGGAAAUGAAGUUUACUCCAUAGUCACCAAAUACUCUGGCUCCUUGCUAUUGCAGAAGAAGUAUAAAGAUGUGGAACCCACACUUAGCAUCGAGGAGGUUGAUGGGCUGGACUUGGUCAGGAAAUUCUCAGAGGAGAUGGAAAGUAUGCUGCGUAGGAAAGUUGAGGCUGUGGAGAGACUGGUAGAGGCGGCAGAAGAGGCUGAUUUAAAUCACGAGUUCAAUUCUUCCUUGGAGUUUGAAUACUAUAACUCUGUGCGCAUUAACGAGAAGGAUGAGAAUGAUAAUUAUGUGGAACUCGGCAAUGAAUUUAUUUUGGAGAGCAACGAGCAUUUCAAUAACUUGAGGGUGAAUACGUCACUUAGCAACAUACAGCUGCCUACCAACGUGUAUAACAAAGACUCUGAUAUUCUUAAUGGAGUGUAUAUGUCUGAAGCCUUGAACCCCAUUUUUGUUGACAAUUUCCAAAGAGAUCCCACUCUAACCUGGCAGUAUUUUGGCAGCUCAACUGGCUUCUUCAGACUUUAUCCAGGUAUUAAAUGGGUUCCAGAUGAAAACGGCGUGAUCUCAUUUGACUGUAGAAACCGAGGCUGGUACAUCCAGGCAGCCACAUCACCCAAGGAUAUAAUGAUUGUGGUAGAUAUCAGUGGCAGUAUGAAAGGUCUGAGGAUGACGAUUGCCAAACACACAAUUACCACCCUCCUGGACACACUGGGGGAAAAUGACUUUGUAAAUAUCAUCGCAUACAAUGACUAUGUUCACUAUAUCGAGCCAUGUUUUAAGGGCAUCCUUGUACAAGCAGACAGGGACAACAGAGAGCAUUUCAAACAGUUAGUGGACGAGCUACAGGCAAAAGGUGUGGGGACCGUCAAUAAAGCUUUGAUUGAAGCUUUUAAAAUCUUAAAGGAGUUCCGUGAGGCUGGUCAAGGGGGAUUAUGUAACCAGGCUAUCAUGCUGAUUACCGAUGGUGCAGUAGAAGAUUAUGAGCCAGUGUUUGAGAAAUACAACUGGCCUGAUAAAAAGGUCCGGAUUUUCACGUAUCUCAUUGGGAGAGAGGUGACUUUUGCUGAGAAUGUCAAAUGGAUUGCAUGCAACAACAAAGGGUAUUACACUCAGAUCUCAACACUGGCUGAUGUCCAGGAAAAUGUGAUGGAGUAUCUCCAUGUACUGAGCCGGCCGAUGGUGAUCAACCAUGACCACGAUAUCAUCUGGACUGAGGCCUACAUGGAUAGUGCGCUCUUUGCCUCCCAGGCUCAGAGUCUCCUACUUAUGACCACAGUGGCCAUGCCGGUGUUCAGCAAGAAGAACGAAACUAGAUCAGAAGGUAUCCUUCUUGGUGUUGUGGGGACUGAUGUCCCUCUGAGGGAACUUCUGAAGCUAGCACCAAGAUAUAAGCUGGGCGUUCAUGGAUAUGCUUUCCUAAAUACUAAUAAUGGGUACAUCCUCUCUCACCCCGACCUACGACCCCUGUAUAAAGAAGGCAAGAAGCUCAGGCCCAAACCAAAUUAUAACAGUGUGGAUCUUUCUGAGGUGGAGUGGGAGGAUCGUGAUGAGAUACUCCGCACAGCUAUGAUCAGAGGCGAGACAGGCUCCCUUGCUAUGGAUGUAAAAGUGCCGGUGGAUAAAGGGAAACGUGUUCUGUUCCUGACCAGUGACUACUUCUAUACAGACAUCAGUGACACGCCAUUUAGCCUUGGGGUUGUCCUGUCCAGAGGGCAUGGAGAAUAUAUCCUUAUCGGCAACACAUCCUUAGAAGAAGGACUACACGACCUCCUUCACCCAGAUCUCACAUUGGCCAAUGAGUGGAUUUAUUGCAUUACUGAUAUAGAUCCUGAUCACCGAAAGCUAAACCAGCUACAGGCAGUAAAAAGGUUCCUGAUGGGAGAGGACCCAGAUCUGGAGUGCGAUGAGGAGCUGGUCCAGGAAGUACUCUUUGAUGCUGUGGUCACAGCUCCAUUAGAAGCUUAUUGGACACAGUUGGCCCUUAAUUUGUCUAGUGAGUCAGAGGAUGGGAUAGAGGUUGCAUUCCUGGGAACACGGGCUGGACUCAUGAGGAAAAACCUGUUUGUGGGCUCUGAGAAAAUGUCCAACAAAAAGUUCCUGCAUUAUGAUGAGAAGGAGAGUAUUUUUACAAUGGAUCAUUUCCCUUUGUGGUACAGACGGGCUGCAGAGCAUCCUGCAGGGAGCUUUGUGUUCCACAUGCCUUCUGAUGACAGCCCAGAUAAGGGCCAGAAGCCAGAGGUUCUGACCGUUAGUACAGCUGUAUCUGUUACUGUGCACAGCAAGACCGCCAUCGCUGCAGCAAUUGGUGUCCAGAUGAAGCUAAAUUUGCUACAUCAAAUCUUCUGGAAGACAACACAGCAGUCAAAUGACACAGACUGUAGCAGCAUAGACGGCUGGUGUCCCCUGAGCUGUGAGGAUGAGACUCUGCAGUGCUAUCUUAUUGACAACAAUGGCUUCAUUGUAAUCACCAAAGACCAGGAGAAGACAGGAGUGUUCCUGGGGGAGGUGGAUGGCUCGCUGAUUACACAGCUCCUGAACAUGGGUGUUUUCAGACAAGUGACGCUAUAUGAUUAUCAAGCGAUGUGUAAACUGCCAUAUCAUCAUCACAGUGGCGCCCGCGGUUUACUAAAUCCACUAUAUGCUCUGAUGUCAGCAGCCCAAUGGCUCUUCAGCAACCUAGUCCUGUUUUUACUGGAGUUCAGCCUGUGUCCUUUCUGGUCCUCUGAUAACACAGCGGAAGCAAAGUCCUUCUUCCAUCACUCUCACAAACACAAGAAACAGGAUAUGUUACAGCCUUGUGACACUGAAUACCCAUCCUUCGUACAUGAGACCUCAAUCCAGGAAGCCAAUGGAUUCAUCGAGUGCGGUCACUGCCAAAAGAUGUUCGUGCUACAGCAGGUCCCUAACAGUAACCUUCUCCUCUUGAUCAGCGACUCGGCCUGUGACUGCAGCAUCUUCCCCCCUGUCUCAUUACAAGCCAAAGAAGUCAAAUAUAUCGCUUCUGUGAAGUGUGAUCGCAUGCGAUCCCAGAAAUUGAGACGCCGGCCUCACUCCUGUCAUGCCUUCCACCCAGAGGAAAAUGCACAAGACUGUGGUGGUGUGUCUGGACUCUCUGCUUCAAUUACACUACUUCUUGGAGCUCUUGCCAUUUCUCUGCGGUGACAAACUACAUAGCCAUGAAUUGGAAAAGAGGCUCAUCAGCUGAACACCAUCAUUCUCUGGAACCACAAUCAAGGGUCAGAGACUUUUUAUCUAUGCAAUGUGCACAGCUGUCCGCAUGUCUCAGAGAGGUCAACUUUGUACAUGCUGGUAAUUCCUCUAGUGCCUCAUUGCUUUGCACCUUAUUGCAAGGUCCUCUGGCACUUUAGGGGUUAAUGUAGCUAAGCUUAAACCACCUGUCCUUUUCUGUGUCACUGCCUGAACAGAUGAUAGAGGAUCUGCUGAAUUGAGAAAAGACUCAGAUACCAGUCUAAACCACAAUGUACAAUUUUCCUGUCUAUAUUUAUGAAAGAGUCCUAAUGAUUUGUAUUCAUUCAGAAAGGGAGAUUAACAGGUAACACCUACAAUUCUCAGAUUGAAUAAAUACAAGUUUCUGUCCUGUAUACAGCUCUAUAGAGCACUUAUAGCCUUUUUACAAGUCAUUUUAUGUCUCAGUAUACAGUGAUCUCUUCAAGUCAGUUUCUUUCAGUGGGAAACAUUUGUCUCUUGGGUAGUCUUGGUUUCGAUCAGUGCCUCUCUAUUGGGCAAACUAUGUUUCUCCUUAGGCAGUAUGUCAUGUUUAUAUAUUUAUAUAUCAAAUGGAUUAAAAUUCCGGAGGCUAAAAUAAAAGAUUUUUUUGUCUGAA